AUCCCCUUUUUUGGUCAGUCAGUCCCGGUGGGUCCCCAAAAAAGUCAAUUUGACGUUCCGAGUUUUUAUUACUAACGAGUAUUAAGCAUCGCUGAUCGCUCGCGUGAGAUUUCCCGAGAGGCUUCUUCUUCUUACUACUCAUUGUUGCUUUCGCACUCAUGCCGGCGCCUUUUCACCCUACUCGUGCUUUCCAAGCAUACCAACUGUUCGCCGCCAAUACCAACGUCGGCAAAACCGUCUUUGCUACCGGUCUCUGUCGAGCCGCCGCCCUUCUUGGCAAGGAAAAGAACCGCAACGUUUUUUAUCUCAAACCCGUGCAAACCGGCUACCCUGCAGACAGCGAUGAACGACAUGUCAAAACAUACAACUCGUCGACCAUUCGCACACAGACCCUCUACACAUAUCCCGACCCAGUUAGUCCUCACAUCGCCACCAACAGCCCUCCGGAAGACGCGGAAGUGAUGCAGAGAACCAAGCAGUGGAUGCUUGAUUCUUUGAAAGGCGCACAAGAUAAAAGUGGUAGUUUCUUCUUCUUGGAAACCGCGGGAGGUAUCCAUAGCCCAGUCAUGUCAGGGACACCUCAAGCUGACUUUUAUCGUCCAUUGCGACUUCCUUCCAUUCUUGUUGGUGACGGGAAUCUUGGUGGCAUUUCAACUACCAUGACUUCGUAUGAAUCGCUGAUGCUUCGCGGUUACGAUAUCCCGGCCGUCUUACUGUUUGACAAGGAGUACCGAAACCAUGAAUUGUUGCAACGGCGUUUGAAAGUCGAUGUCACCGCCGUGCCUCCGCCUCCAGCUUACAUUGAGGAUCCCGUUCAUGAACAAGCUUCCAUGAAGAAAUACUAUGAACAGCUCGAUGAAUACCUAUAUCCCGUGAUGAAGCGAUUGGAUCAGAAACACGAACAACGUUUUGAUCGUCUCGAGCAGAUGGCAGACAAGUCGCGCGAGGUGUUUUGGUGGCCUUUUACGCAGCACGAAACGGUCAAGGACGUAACCGUGAUCGAUUCGGCUUAUAACGAUUAUUUCCUCACUUAUGCCAAAAAUGAGAACAAGGAAUUGGAACCCAAGGAAAUGUUUGACAGUUGUGCCAGUUGGUGGACGCAGGGUUUGGGUCACGGGAAUCCGGACCUCGCCCUGACCGCUGCUCACGCCGCCGGUCGUUACGGCCACGUCAUGUUCCCUGAAGCAACAAAUGAACCGGCCUUGGCAUUGGCGGAGAAAGUACUCGAAAAGGAUACGUGGGCUUCGCGUGUGUUCGUCUCGGACAAUGGAUCCACGGCCAUGGAAGUAGCGCUUAAAAUGGCCAUGAGUGCGACAGGAAGACGGUACGGCUGGGCUCACAAAGCGCCGAUUGAGAUCCUCGGUAUCGAUGGCAGCUACCACGGCGACACCAUUGGUGCCAUGGACGCCUGUUCCGCCAAUGUGUACAACGAACAAGUGCAGUGGUAUCAGCCGCGCGGUCACUGGCUUACCCCACCUUCGGUUCACAUCACCAAAGGGCAAGCUCACGUCCGCGUUCCCGCCCAAGUGCUUCAACAAUCUCAUGGCACCACGGUGAAUUACGAUUCCGUGGCCACCAUUUACUCUGUCGAUAAGCAAGGCGAAAACCGUGAUCCUGAACUGGCCAGCAUUUACAAAGACUAUAUUCGAUCGCAGUUAAAGAUGCUCCGUGACCAAAAACGACACAUUGGUGCUGUCUUGAUGGAACCGGUGCUCAUGGGUGCGGGAGGCAUGAUCUUUGUUGAUCCACUUUUCCAACGCGUUCUCGUGGAUACGAUUCGACAGGAAAGCGCCGAUCUGUUGGGUUAUUCCUCGGCCGAUAAAGCAGGAUGGCAGGGACUCCCCGUCGUUUUCGAUGAAGUCUUUGCAGGAUGGUAUCGCUUGGGAAGACAAUCAGCCUCUGAUUUCCUGGGUGUGAAACCGGAUAUUGCUGCGUAUGCCAAGACAUUGACGGGUGGGCUUUUGCCGUUGGCACUGACGGUCACCAAAGAACCCAUUUUUGAUAUCUUUUUGUCCAAGAACAAGCCGGAUUGUUUGUUGCACGGUCACUCGUACACGGCACAUCCCAUGGGUUGCGCGGUAGCCAAGCGAUCGAUCGAAUUAUUGGAUGAAUUUGCGGCCAGUGAGACAGAACACUGGGCGCCUUUCCGAAAAGAAUGGCAGCAACAACAAGAAGAAUCGGUCUGGUCCAUGUGGUCGCCUGACGUCGUUCGCCAAUUAUCUUUCUCCGAUCGCGUGGAAAGUGUGAUGACUCUCGGAUCCGUGUUGGCCGUUGAAUUAAAGGAUGAAGCCAACAAGGGAUACGGAUCCACCGCGUCUCAAUCCAUUGUUCAGAGUAUGCGCAGGAACGUAUUUACUGAAAAUGGAAGCGAAGCGACCAUCAACUUGUUCGCUCGUCCUUUGGGCAACAUCAUUUACCUCAUGACCUCUCAAAUCAGCACUCCCGAACGCGUUCGACAAUGUGAGCGCAUCCUUCUUCAAUGUAUUCAGUCCUCCUCCAACUAGAAAAAACGUCUAUAGACAUCGUACGAUGGAUCAUGUAAAAUUGUAAAACUACCGAUAAUAAAAAGAUUCAUUAUUUUUGGUACGUGAAAG